AUGGUCAGACUCCAAAGUCAGUGCCCCAGGGAAAUUCAUUCUAGUAGUUUGGGUUGGGUAUUCAAACAGCUCCUCAUCGUCGUCCUUGACAACGCACAAAAUAUCUUGACAAAAUAUCUUGUCAAAAUGUCAUCUGUCGUAGCUCCAGAAAAACCCUCCUCCAACUUCAUGGGACCAAAAGAGGUGGAGCUGAUUCUCGUGAAGGAACAAAAUGGAGUUCAGUUCACGUCAAGCACUUUGGUCGGUGCAGCUCCUCCUCAGACACAUCCCAGAGGCGAAGAAGAGCGGGAGACUUGGGGAAAGAAAAUUGACUUUCUUCUCUCUGUAAUUGGAUUUGCCGUCGAUCUCGCCAAUGUAUGGAGAUUUCCUUACCUCUGCUAUAAAAACGGAGGAGGUGCGUUCCUUGUGCCAUAUAUGUUCUUCAUGGUGAUAGCAGGCAUGCCUCUCUUCUACAUGGAGCUGGCACUGGGCCAGUACAACCGAGAGGGCGCUGCAGGGGUCUGGAAGAUCUGCCCCAUAUUUAAAGGAGUUGGAUUCACUGUGAUCCUCAUCUCCUUGUACGUGGGCUUUUACUAUAACGUCAUCAUCUCAUGGGCGCUGUACUACCUCUUCUCCUCCUUCACUGGGGAGCUUCCCUGGGUCCACUGCAACAACAGCUGGAACAGUGUCUACUGUGCUGACUGGGCCGACAACAGCACCAUCAAUGACAGCCUCAAGUCCACCCCUGCUCAGGAAUACUUUGAACGAGGCGUGCUGCACAUCCAGGACAGUAGCGGUAUUGGCAAUCUUGGGCGUCCACGAUGGCAGUUGACCUCUUGUUUGGCUGUGGUCAUUAUUCUGCUCUACUUCAGUUUGUGGAAAGGAGUUAAGACUUCUGGAAAGGUUGUGUGGAUCACAGCCACCAUGCCCUAUGUGGUCCUGACAGUGCUGCUGUUCCGCGGAGUCACUCUGCCUGGAGCUAUCGAUGGCAUUAAGGCCUACCUCUCCGUGGACUUUCUGAGACUCUGUGAUCCUAAGGUCUGGAUUGAGGCUGCCACCCAGAUCUGUUUUUCUCUGGGAGUGGGGUUUGGUGUGCUAAUUGCCUUUUCCAGCUAUAACAAAUUUAGCAACAAUUGCUACAGAGAUGCCAUCAUCACCACUUCAAUUAACUCAUUGACCAGUUUCUUCUCUGGUUUUGUGGUGUUCUCCUUCCUCGGCUACCUGUCUAAAAAGCACAAUGUGUCCCUUGACAAUGUUGCACGAGAUGGUGCUGGGUUAGUAUUUGUUAUCUAUCCAGAAGCCAUAGCAACUUUACCGGGGUCGUCUGUCUGGGCCGUCAUAUUCUUCAUUAUGUUAUUAACACUCGGCAUUGACAGUGCCAUGGGUGGUAUGGAGUCUGUAAUUACCGGACUUAUAGAUGAAUUCAAGUGCCUGCAAAAGCACAGGGAACUCUUCACUCUUUUCAUUGUGGUCUCUACAUUCCUAAUAUCUCUGUUCUGUGUGACUAAUGGUGGCAUGUAUGUGUUCACACUCCUGGACCACUAUGCGGCAGGAACAUCGAUUUUAUUUGGAGUGCUUAUUGAAGCUAUUGGCAUUGCAUGGUUCUAUGGAGUGGAUCGAUUCAGUGAUGACAUCGAGGAGAUGAUCGGACAGCGCCCAGGCUGGUACUGGCGGCUGUGCUGGAAAUUUGUCAGUCCCUGUUUUCUUUUGUUUAUGGUGGUGGUGAGUUUUGCCACAUUCAACCCCCCCAACUAUGGCUCUUACACAUUUCCUCCAUGGGCUAACAUGGUUGGCUGGUGUCUGGCUAUGUCAUCAAUGGCAAUGGUGCCUCUCUAUGCCAUCUACAAGAUUUGCUCACUGCCUGGAAGAUUUUGCAAUAGACUGGCUUAUGCUAUCACCCCUGAGACCGAGCAUCAUUUAGUCGACAGUGGAGAAGUUCGACAGUUCACGUUGCAUCACUGGUUAGUGAUCUAA